AUGCGCGUCAGAAUCGUUCUGGCCUGCCUGGUUGUUGGAGCGGUGUACGCUCAACAUGAGCCAAGAAAAUGCCAACAAGGACUGCCGAUGUGCAAAUUCCUGCGCUGCCUAUCGACCGAGUAUGAGGGCACGGCCACCGACCAUGUCGCCACCACAUUACGCAACAUCAGCUGCAACGGGGAGCUGCUGCUCCCGAUUGUGAAAUACGAGAAACUCUGGAACGGAUGGACCGACAACGACAACCGGGACCUAUUCAAGGCAUGUGGCUUUGAGGCGCCGAAAAAUUCGACGGAAUGCCGACCGAUGUCCCGUUCAUCGCGCGUCUCGUCCAACUUGAGGUUGCUGUCGACAGCCUGGACAAUGUUGGCGAGCCGCAUCCCUGUUUGC